AUGGGCGCUUGCAUUCGUGCCCAGGAGUACGGAUAUCAGAGUCAUGAUCUUUCCGUAGCGUGUGACAAGGAAGCUGUGGCUACGGAGCGCGGGAAGUUCCGCCAGCGUGUUCCCGGCCGCGGAUGGGUGGAGUUGAGUUGCGCAGAGGGAACCGUCUUUAGGCAGGACACGUGCGGCUGCGAGUAUGGUGAGCCCGACAUAAAAGCACCAAAACAUACGACACCAACGCCAAAGCCGACAACGCCGAAACCUACCACGACCACAAAAGCAGUAGAACCAGCGCCGAAAGCACCAAUACAUACGACACCAACGCCAAAGCCGACAACGCCGAAACCUACCACGACCACAAAAGCAGUAGAACCAGCGCCGAAAGCACCAAUACAUACGACACCAACGCCAAAGCCGACAACGCCGAAACCUACCACGACCACAAAAGCAGUAGAACCAGCGCCGAAAGCACCAAUAAAUACGACACCAACGCCAAAGCCGACAACGCCGAAACCUACCACGACCACAAAAGCAGUAGAACCAGCGCCGAAAGCACCAAAACAUACGACACCAACGCCAAAGCCGACAACGCCGAAACCUACCAUCACCACAAAAGCAGUAGAACCAGCGCCGAAAGGUAUUCCCAGAGGGAACCAUUUUGCAAUUGAAUAA